UUUCCGGACGCAGUAGUUAGUUACAGUAAAAUACAAAACACGAUACUUCUAGAUAUGUAUUUACUCAUUUUUACUCUGCUUAUUCGUUUUGUAUCCACAAAAACAACCUUCUUUUACGCCUUGACUAAUUUAUGACUUUACAAUACAUUUCCUAUUCUUUGUACGUGAAAGUGAUGUGACAUUUCACAAAUGAUAUGUUUCAUCAUUUGAAGUAGAAUUUGUAAAGAAAUCAAUACUGCGAUUGGCUUGACAUAUGCACUACCGUGAGUUGAGAACCUUGUUAUUGCCUCCCUUUACAUUUCUCACAUAGCUGGACGCAUUAAGGGGUUAUUAUGUCACCUUUGUGGCGAAUAUAAUCAAACUUUCUCUUUAGGUAUAUAGAGAGAUACUUUGAACCUUUAAAAUAUUGUUUAAAAAAGUCCCAUUGAACGUAUCAUAUUAUUGAAAAAAAUAUGACAUGUAGAGUGGUAAUUUGACGUAUCGAAUAACAUAAGGGGUUAUGCUAGUUUAGCAGCCGAAAAAUGAGGCGAUCUCUACAAUUUUUAUUAUAAAUAAGUAUGCUACUGAUUGUUUCAAAACUUUGUGUGUCUAUUAAUUAACACGAUAAAAGUAGGCUGAAUUUGUUUCAACUAAAAAUAUCGUUUUACUAGCAAGUUAUAGUGCAAUUGCGAGAGAUCGAUACAAAAAAUUGUUGCCCAUGACUGUCAUGAUAUAAAGAAUUGCAGUUCUUGCAAAAAAAUGUCGGUAAAAGCAGCUUGUUUCCUUGCAAAUACUAAGUGUCUACAAUUUCAUAGAUUUGUUUAACAUCUUGCAACAUAAUGUACGAAAUAAUUUAGGAGAUAAUGAUAUUACUCAGUAUUUAAUUUUCACACUUUGGUUUUUAUUCUGCUUUUGUGUAAAAUCUUGUGCCACUGGCCUACUAUACGUAGCAAAGAGAGACAUAACAUAUAACGUUAACAUAAAUGUCAACUCUUUACUCUUCUACAGAUAAUCUUAAAAAAGUUUCUAUUCGACCAAUUUUAAAAUGACAUAUAUUUUUCAAAGUUUCUCCUUAAAGGGGAUAAAUGGGACUAUCUUCUCCAUUUUCUUUAGAUUUUUAAAACUAAGGCUGCUAUAAAAAUUAUCCAUUUAUUUAAAAAAAAUUGUAAAAAAAUAUGGUAAAAACAGUUUUCUUUUAACCGAAACAAUUUUUAGUUGGUACUUCAUUAUCUUCUGUAUAAGCUUUCAAAGGCCUAUUUUCGUCUAUACAGGGUGUCCUAAAAAUGUUGUAACUCCUUGAAAGGGGUGGACUGCGCGCUAGGCGGCUUCGCUCAUACACUACUGCGGCGGCUCCAACGGCAUACUCGCGCUCUGAUUGGUCAGUGUUUUCCGUUAAUAUCUCCUCAACGAAGACUCGGACAACAUUUUCACUAAGGAAAAAGUUAUUUUAAAUCACCUCCUGAACCACCCCUUUCAAGGUUUUACAACAUUUUUGGGACACUCUGUAUUUUAAUUCAGCCGCUAUAAUUUUUCGAAAUAAAUGUAAUACUGAUUUCCAAACACUAUAAAAUCCAUAAUUUUGUGAAAUUUUGGAAAACCUUUGAAAUACGUUUAUUAUUAUUAAACAUUUUCUCAUUUUCAAUGAGGAUUAUGUUUAAGUACACGUACUAUUAAAGACUGCAACGUACUCAAAUUUCCUCAAAAUCUGAAAUUGUGCUCCAUUUAAUGUUCCAUUUUCCGUGAAAAUAUCCGAGGCCAAGGCUAAUCAACACGACCAUUCUAGUUUACAAUUAGAGAGAGCCCUGAAAUGGUCGUAAUUCCCAUCUUUGAUGUAGACGAUGUAGACGACUGCACUAACAUGCUACCAUUACUUUUGUUAUACCACACAUUUCACUGAUGCGACAGAGUCUUUAACAUAGCUUACAUGUUCCAUAAUUAAAGCUCAGAUGAUUUAGUGCUUCAGAAAGACGAACAACGAGGAUCCAAUAUAUUUGAGAUUUCUUACUACAAAACGCUUAAGAACUACAUGAUAUUUUUGGGGCAGUCUCCAACCCAAACAAAUAAAAGUAAUAAAAUUGCUGUAACUUUUGUGGUGGGCUCUACCAUUAGCCUGAUUUUACCUUCGUUAUUCUACUUGAACCUAGCAUUAAACAACAAGGAUUGGGAUGGAAGUAUCGAAUGUCUACCACAUUUAGUAACACUUGCUAACGCUAUUGUUAAGUUAUCAAGCCUUCAAAUGAACAGAGAAAAUUUCAAAAGCAUAUAUGUCUCCGUCAAAGAAGAGUGGGAACUGUUACAGCUCCAUGAUGAAGGCCAUUUUCUAGAUGUACUCACCCAGAAAGGAAGUAAAAUUGCUCAAUUGUAUAGAAUUGUCUUAUUAUCGUGUUUGCUAAUAUUUAUAUCGCUUCCGUUGAUUCAUCCUGUAAUGGAUAUCAUAAUACCGCUCAAUGAGACUCGACGUCGAGAGCAAGUAUUAAACCUUUAUUAUUUCGUAAACGGUGACGAGUAUUUUUAUACCAUAUAUAUCCAUACGGCGUUCAGUGCAAUUAUAGCUAUAUUAACUAUAGUCGCCGCAGAUUCUGUAUACAUGGUCAUUGUUCAUCAUGCUUCUGGAUUAUUCGCCGUAUGUAGAUAUAAGGUUCAGAAAGCAACAGAAAAUAAUCCUAUAUCAGAAAGUGAACGUGCUGCAGAAAGCAAAGGAUAUCAAGACUUUAGGCAGUGUGUCAUAGCUCACAAUAAAGCCAUCAGGUUUUUCAAAUUCCUGGACAGCCUGAACCGAAAUAAUUAUUUGAUUCAAUUAGGAUUUAACAUGGUCGGCAUUAGUAUCACAGCUUACCAAGUCAUUGUGCACUUGGACGAACUCGACCAAGCCAUCAGACACUGUAUGUUCUUCACUGCUAUGAACUUUCAUUUAUUCGUCCUCAGUCUACCUGGUCAAGUACUCGUGGAUCACAGUUUAGAGUUAGCCACCAACAUAUACAUGUCCAAAUGGUACCAAACACCAGUAAGAAUGCAAAGGGUACUUUACAUAAUGCAAAUGAGAUGCAGUAAAGCGUGUUCAUUAACUGCGGGUGGAUUGUACGACAUGAAUAUAGAGAAUUUUGGAAUGAUUUUUAAAACGUGCAUGUCGUAUUUCACGAUGUUGCUGUCAAUGAAAGAGUAAUUCGCCAUUAUUAUUGAAGUGAACAUUUUCUUGUUGGUGGAGAGUAGUAUACUGGUCAAUUGACAUACAACAAAAUAAACUGCUUGUACUCUAAAUAAUAGUCGAGUUGAAAAGUUAUGGGGUUAUAUUACAUAUGUGUAGUAAAGUUUCAUUGAACAUUUCAAUAAACUUGUUGAACUAUAUGGUUUUUAACUGUUAUUAUUUAAAUGAACCUCUCAUAUAAAUACUAAAGAUUAUUUCUUGCGGUACAAGGACAAUUCAUGAAAUUAUUAAAUUCUUGCACCUGAUAAUCUAGCACAAGGAUGUUUGAACCUUUCAGGCCAAUACAAUGUACUUCUGAAUUACAGUUAAAAUGUUCAGUUACAUUAUGUAUGUAAAUUAUUGUGUAUCUUAAUUGAUCGUUAAAUAAGAACAUCUGAUUAUUGUUUUGCAUAAUUUGCUUUACAUUGUAAGUUUUACAAUGUAAUCGAAAUAAACUAUGGCGAACCGGAUUGGUAAUGCUCAUGGGCCAGUGUUGGCCUGUGGGUCGUAGUUUGAAGACCCCUAACAUAGCAUAAACAUUCCUAAAUCAGUCUCAAACACUCUUCAUUUUUACCAACAGUCAUUCUGCUUUUUCUCGAUACCACAUAUGUUUUGUAUUAUCCGAUGUAAUAGAGAUAUUGCAGGUGGCCAAGGUAAGUGAAAAACACCCUGUAUAUACGAUAUAGUUUCAUCAAAUAAUUUAAAAUUCAAAUAUUCGUACAAUUUUACACGUGUUUCGGACUUAUAUUACGCAAUAUAUUUUCAAGGGAAUCAAAAUACAUAUUGUCGUCGUAUAAUAUUUAUUAACUUUUUCAACACGACCAAGCGGCAUGUUGAUUGUGGCUCAGCACCGAUCACGUGUACGUAAUCACCUAUCCUACAUGCUGUGUACGUAAAUAUACGUACACAUUUGUGUAUACACAUAUAUACAUAAAUGUAUGUGCGCGUAAAAAAGUGUGGACCUUAUGAAAGAAAUAGAAACAGUUGCCGUCUUCAUUGUCAUAACGCUCGAAUUUGUAACAACUACUUAGCUGACAUAAUAAUACUUCAUCCCUCUUCGUCUUUGUGAGCAUAAUUAACAAUCAUCGUCCAUAAUAUGACUAUCUUUAUGUAACAACAUUAUCAGAAAUUACUUUCGCCAGAUAAUGGAAAAGUAUAUUCGCGAGACUGGUCGAUAACGAUUAAAAUCGUUAAAACGUAAUUAACAUUAAUUCAAGUUAACGCAAGAUUUCUCCUAAACUAAGAGGUUGUUCGUAGCGUAACGCAAUUUGUCGGAUAGAAAUUGCUAGAUGCAAACGGCGUUUUAAAAACAAUACGCGUUCUACUCGUUCGCUAUAGAUUAAAUACUAGAUGUUCUAAAUACAUAUUAUACAUACAUAAACUACGACUAGGUAUUGAUCCUAUGGAUAUGCGUAUGUUUUAUUUAUACGUUGUGCGGAUUUUAUAGGUGUGUUCAAAAGAAUGUACCAUCGGUACAGUGUUACUAUCAAAUCUCACGUUAUAGCCGGCAAUGUAGACCGAUUGUGUAGGCCUUGCUUGGUAAACAUCUACAUCUUAAUCAGUUUCACGGUGAUCGGCUUCGUUCUAACAGAAAGAAACUUAUAAGUAAAUACACGUAUAAAAUCGUGAAAGAAGCACCAUAGCGUAAGAGUUGCAGGAUCGACCCGGAAAGUUCACUCGAUACUUUCCUGGCCGGUCAUGAGUCCUUCUCACGUAGAAAAAUAUUAUUCAUCAGCUUUUCGAUGAGCGUCGCGCCUUCGUCAACGACAGCACUCCGUAUUGGUUCGUUGACAGGCACCGUUCUCCAUUUUCGAAAACGAAAUUUAUCAGGUGUGGACCGCAAAUUGUAGAAAAAACGGUAUGUCCCCCUUCCCUCGAGCGCCGGAUUAAGAUUUUGUAGACCCUUGGGCUACAGGUACUGUGAGCAUAUAUAUGUAUACAGUACAUUGUUAUCUUUGCCAUAGUUUCUUUGCUACAAAUAUGUAUAUGUAUAUACAGUAUAUUAGUUAAAUCCUUUAGGAUAUUUGAGGCUCUUACGUCCCAGUUUUUUGUACUUGAUAUUAAUCGAGGCUUCCCAGUGUAAGCCAUAUCCUAUGGAUAAGAGACUCUGACGUGAGUAGCUUAGAAUCAAAAAUCUCCAGCAAACCCCAACAAAAACUGUUGAAAGGAAUACAGCAGCUACAAUUAAAACAGCCGAUCGACUAGAUAAUAUUCACAAAUUCGUCCUACCAAAAUAAAGUACCUAAACUUUAUGGAUUUUCAAAAUUCAUAAACUCAAUAUCAUACUUUGACCAAUCGUAGGCACAAUAAUAGUCUCAAUAUAUAAACUUGCAAAAUACCAUACCAUCGACCAUACAUCUCUCACCUACAACAUAGAUAAGCAUGCACGAAAUUUGCACAUGUACAUGAAAUCAAAGUCAUCUACAAAUAAUUAUGGAAUUUUAAUGUAUUUACAUAUAACAGUAAACAUGUAAAACUACUAAAAUAUACUAAAAUUUUGUUGUUUAUUUUUAAUCAUUUUUUUUCAUUCUUAUAGUCACAUGAAAUUUGUAUGGAAAAAGAGGAUAAA